GGGCGGGGAUCUGAGGGGCACGGUUCAGAGCCCAGCCGCCUGGGCUCCAGGGCCCGGGAACCUGGAUAAGUAGGACGGCUGCCGCGGCGACAGGGGGUGCGGGGUGGAGCGUGCCCGGUAUUUUCUAUACGGGUUCCGGGGCCCGGUAGAGGCGCGCCGAGAGGAGAGGAAAGUGCGGCGGCCCUGGAACCUGGAUAUCGCGCGAGGCAAGCUGCGCGCGGGCGGGCGGGCUAUGGCGCAGGCGGGUUGCGGGGCCGGCGCUGGUGGCAGGGCCCGGUGCAUGGCGGUCUGUCGGCGGAGUCGCCCUCGGGGGCUGUCAGACUUGUGACCCAGAAGGAAAUCUCUGACCUCAGCUGUGGCUCUUGGUGCUGGCCAGAAGCCAACUUCAUGUCUGAGUAUACAAGUAGCAGUUUGCCAUGGAGAGCUUGGGGCUGCAGACGGUGACCCUCAGUGAUGGGACGACAGCCUAUGUCCAGCAAGCUGUCAAAGGAGAGAAGCUGCUUGAAGGGCAGGUGAUCCAGCUCGAGGAUGGGACCACUGCAUACAUUCACCAAGUGACGGUGCAGAAAGAACCUCUUUCCUUUGAGGAUGGACAACCUGUGCAGCUGGAAGAUGGCAGCAUGGCCUACAUACACCGCACACCCAAAGAGGGCUAUGACCCCAGUGCCCUGGAGGCCGUCCAGCUGGAAGACGGCUCCACUGCCUACAUUCAUCACCCCGUGGCUGUGCCGUCAGACAGCGCCAUCCUGGCCGUGCAGACAGAGGUGGGCUUGGAGGACCUGGCCGCAGAGGACGAUGAGGGCUUCAGCGCAGACACAGUGGUGGCCCUGGAGCAGUAUGCCAGCAAGGUUCUGCAUGACAGCCAGGCUCCCCAUAACGGCAAAGGACAGCAGGUUGGGGACAGAGCAUUCCGCUGUGGCUACAAGGGCUGUGGGCGUCUCUACACCACUGCUCAUCACUUAAAGGUGCAUGAAAGAGCUCACACGGGUGACCGUCCGUACAGGUGUGAUUUCCCCAGCUGCGGAAAGGCUUUUGCCACAGGAUAUGGGCUGAAGAGCCAUGUGCGCACCCACACUGGUGAGAAGCCAUAUAAGUGCCCAGAGGAGUUGUGCAGCAAGGCCUUCAAGACCUCAGGAGACCUGCAGAAGCACGUCCGGACCCACACUGGUGAACGCCCAUUCCGAUGCCCCUUUGAGGGCUGUGGCCGCUCCUUCACCACAUCAAAUAUCCGCAAGGUACAUGUGCGCACCCACACAGGCGAGCGGCCCUACACCUGCCCCGAGCCCCACUGUGGCCGGGGCUUCACCAGCGCCACCAACUACAAGAAUCACGUGCGCAUCCACACAGGGGAGAAGCCAUACGUUUGCACGGUACCAGGCUGCGGGAAGCGCUUCACCGAGUACUCGAGCCUGUAUAAGCACCAUGUGGUGCACACACACUGCAAGCCCUACACCUGCAGCACCUGCGGCAAGACGUACCGGCAGACCUCCACCCUGGCCAUGCACAAGCGCAGCGCCCACGGCGAGCUGGAGGCCACGGAGGAGAGCGAGCAGGCCCUUUAUGAGCAACAGCAGCUCGAGGCCGCGUGUGCAGCCGAGGAGAGCCUGCCACCCAAACGACCACGCAUUGCUUACCUUUCGGAGGUGAAAGAAGAAGGUGAUGCCAUCCCAGCUCAAGUGGCCAUGGUGACCGAGGAGGACGGGGCCCCCCAGGUGGCUCUGAUCACUCAGGAUGGUGCCCAGCAGGUCAGCCUGUCCCCGGAAGACCUGCAGGCCCUGGGGAGCGCUAUCAGCAUGGUGACCCAGCACAGCAGCACCACCCUCACCAUACCCAGUGAGGACGAUGACCUUGCCACAUCUGGCACACAUACGGUCACCAUGGUCAGCGCUGAUGGCACGCAGACGCAGCCCGUUACAAUCAUUACCUCUGGGGCUGUGGUGGCCGAAGACUCUAGUGUAGCAUCCCUUCAUCACCAACAGGUGGCACUGUUGGCCACAGCCAACGGAACGCACAUUGCGGUGCAGCUGGAGGAGCAGCAGACCUUAGAGGAGGCCAUCAGUGUAGCCACCGCUGCCAUGCAGCAAGGGGCCGUGACCCUGGAGGCUACAGAGCCCGAGAACGGCUGCUGAGUCCCAGGGAGCUGGGUCCCACACCGUGUUGGAGGAGGUGCCAUGCCACACAGGCAUCCUUGCUUCCAAGAGCCCGGGCUGUGGCUGACACAUAGAAGGUGGCCACAUAGGUCUCCGGGGUGAGAAGGCGACAGGAAAACAGCCUCACUGAAGGGUCCAGGGGCCCUGCCCAAGAGGAAGACCGAACAGCUGGAAUCGGGGGAGUGUGUCAUCCUCAGGAGCUAAAGAGGACGAGCUGGUCACCAGGAUGCACUGGGGCAUCCUCCCCUCAGAAUCAGCUGGGUGCCCACCCUCCUUCCUCCAGAGAACAACCUUCCUGCCCUCAGUCCACUCCCCUUCUCAGGUGGCAAUUGGGACUGCUGUGGGGACUGGUCCUCUAUUCUGACUGGUCACUGCCCACCAGGGGAAGGGGCAGACAGCUUUUCAGCCCAGUAGGGGCAGAGCAGGCUCAGCCCUGCUCCUCCCAGCAAUAACCACCUCCCUGGAGGACUGCCAAGAUGCCUGGCCAUUUGGCAGCAGGGAUUUCCUGCCAUCAUAGUCAGAAUUGCUCAGGGGCCUGUGGCUGGAGAAAAGGUGCCCAGCCCCACCCGCCCCCAGUUGCCCCCUGUCCUCUCUGUGGCAGAGAGGCAGGGAGUUAGCCCUGUAUAUACUGGGGAUUGGGUUUCAUUUGUUUGGUUUGGUUUUUUAAAAUUCCAUUUUGAUAAUUUUUUUUCCUGCUUUGGUUGGUGGUGGCAAAUGGGUGAAUGAGUAUUUAAUAAAGUUCCAAGUUUCCACCUGG